AUGGCAAAUUGUUUUAUUCAAUUAGUUCGUUUAAUUGCAAUUAUUUCUUAUAUGCCAAAAGAAAGAGAUACAAUUGCAUUUCAAAAUCAAUGCAUAGAAAUUAUUAACAAUCAUUGGAAUGAACUUGAAGCAGAACCAUAUAUUUUACAAUCAAUGGGAUACAAAGAUAAAUUAUUUGUACAAACUCUUAUUGUUCAAAUUAUCAAAUUUAAAGAAAAAGAAUUUUUAUACAAAGUUAGAUAUGAUAGUCAAAAUGAAAAUGAUAUAAGCAAAGACUAUGAAGAUAAAAAUAAUAGAGAAUUAGAUGAUGAUUUAGAGAUUCCUAAUCAUCAAGUAGUAGUUCUUGUUAUUAAUAACAUUGUAGAUUUGCAUCAUCAAGCGUUUAAUCAAGUAGAAGAUUUGUAUAUCUCUAAUAAAGACAAUAUCAAUUCCGAUAUUACUAUAAAUGAAGAUUAUGAAUUUAAUUUAGAAGAAUUAGUUCAAGAUCUUGAAUAA